AUGCCAGGCUCUCCAUCACCCGCUACAAGAACUUCUCGACAAAGCUCAGUAGAUAGAUGCGACUCGAGUCGACCAUCUUCAUCAUAUUACAUUCCUCAGCCAAGUUCUUAUAUCGAAGUCACUCCCAGCCAACCGAGCUUUCUCAAUUCUUCCACUUAUGGCCAAAUUUCUUAUGAAGUAGACGAGUCCUCCACAUUUAACUACACUUAUAAUCCGCGACGUGUCAUGGAAUCUAAUACUACACCAGUUUCAAAAUAUUUGGAAGAUUCUCCCCACUACGGCCAAGGAAGUCUUGAUGCUCCCGAAAAUCUUCUCUUAAAUGCGCCAGCUUCGGUUCCAUCAAAUUUCUCAUACAUUUCUGACACUCAGGAGCCAGAACCUUUGCUGAACAUUCCUGGUGAUGCCCAUUUUGAGACAGAAUCCGUGAUCAGCGCUCAGUCUCCACUUGUCGAUAUUCAGUACGAGCCAGACUCUCUAUUGAGCAUUCCUUUACCUACUGACGACACAUCUUUCGUACCGGAAUCUUUGCUGGACAUUCCAUUACCUCCCGGCGAUGGAUCGUUAGCUUGUGCUCCUUUGGCUAGCAAUCAGUCACCUCCUGUACAACAUUUUGAGCCUGAACCAUUGCUUAACAUUCCGCUACCUCAAGAUGAUGCUCAAUUCGAACCAGUAACUUUGAUGAACAACAGAUCACUUACAGAUAAUGCACGGCCAGAUUCGGAACCAACUAUGAACACUCAAUCACCUCCAGAUGAUGCUCGAUUUUCCACUCCUGAAUGCACCCCCGACUCGAUACAACCAAUCUCUGCUCCACUUUCGAGUGAAAAUCAGUACGUUCGAUCUCCGUCAGAGAAGAGCGAUGGUUCAAAUCUCACCGCACAGGAAGUACUUUUUGUUGUGGGACAACCAGCUAAAAGGGCAUCGCGAAAGGAUGCUGAAAAUGUACGCUAUGAAAGUCCGAAGAAUCACGAUGUUAGCUGGAUAAUGGAGGCGUUUUACUCGAGUUCAGAGGAGUACAACUCACCGGACAAUGCUGAAUUGAGGAAGUCAAAUGAUGGUGAAGAAGUUUCUCAGCUGGACACCGACGACUCUGAUGGUCGUGUUUCCAUAGUGGAUCGUCUUUUCGCAAUGCUUCAGCGCGCUGAACGGGAAUCUAGUGAUGAAGAUGAUGACGAUGAAGGUGAAGUCGACGUUCAGAUACCCAGUGAACCACCUGCUGGACCGUCACAUGGUCCUGCCCCAAUACAAUCGCAAUUUCAACCCCGGAUCUCCCACUAUUUGGAGCCUUCUCGACUCAGCCACGUCCAGGAUCCCAUUCAGAACAUUCCGCAGUAUCCAGAACACCAGAUGCCGAUGGACUAUGCUGAAAACUUGUACCAUCCUAGUCAAGUAGCCGGGACUUCUUAUCUACCAUCGAUGCUUCCCUCUACAUCAGGUCAGUAUCCUCCGCAGCAUGUUCCACAGCAAAUGGUUGUGGGACAGAACGCUCAAGUGCCGAUGCGACCCGCUCCAGAUCCGCCGAUGUUCUACAACGCACCACCACCGAUAUAUCAAGGACCUCCGAUUCACCAGCUUCAUCAGCAGUUUUUCCCAGUGGGACAACCCUCAUUUAUGCCUCAGUUUCCUUCGACUGAUCGUCUACCUCAACAACUCCCUUAUCAAGAACCCUGGAGCAUAAACGUCUACGAACCGCAGUCUCACACUGGAAUGCCUGAGCAAGUCCCACUAAAUGUUCCUGAACUUCAACCGCCACCAUUCUCUGUUCAGGGAAGUGAGGAAGGCUUCUCUUCUGAAUCUCCGAUUACGCUUGAAAAUUCGUCCGUAUCAUCGCCUUCAUCAAGCCAAACGGAGUACGAAACAAGUGUUGAUUUCGAGUCAGUAUCGGUCGUUCGAAGUACUCCUAAAGUUACUGAGGAAGAGCCGCGACCGAAAGGUCCACCAUUCGAGCAAAAAGGUCCAACUAGGACAAAGGAGAUCGGACCAACUCCUCCACCACCUCCACCAUCUCCUGAGGAUGGAGACAGCGAACACCAUGCUCAAGCCAAAUAUGUCAGUAUUGCCGAUCAGCUCGCUCAUGAGACUGCACGACUUGAGGACAUGAGCAUUAACGAAGUGGCCAAUUACGACCGUCAAGCUGAAGUUGAUGAUCUUCGGAAACGGAUUGAAGAGGACAACGACAGCAGUACGCUCGAUCAGCGAAAAGACGAAGGCGAAUUUGAAGAUGGAGAUCCAGAAGACGGAAAGGUGAUUCGAAAUGGCAUACAGCUCACCACCCGCUAUCUAGCCUUAUGGUUUCCGGACAAGAAAGAGCGGGCGGAAAUGAUUCCAUGGAACAUCGUGAGGAAAAUUAAGCCGAUUCGUCUGUGUUUUUUGGACAACCGUAUAGGUCACGGUGAAUAUGAAGAAUUCAACAUGGGAGAAUUUGUAAAUGUUACUGGUCAUAUGAUGUUCGCUUAUGGUGACGGCCCUGAAGCACUUGAUGAAACCAGGCUAUUUAUGCUGGAUAUUGUUCGGCAACAAAUGAAUAUGCUCUUGCGACGAAUAUGGCAGUUAAUGAUGCAAAAUCCAUCAGAGAAAAGUCUUCACCUACGUCAACGUCUUUGGGCUCUACAAAAAUCACCCUAUUCGCUUAAGAAGACUUGUUCGAUAUCUGGUGAAUCGAAAACGCCACAUGCUCUAUCGCGUAAUGGGUUGAUCAAGGUCGGCGACGUGGUCAAAAUUACUUCGAAAACCGAAUGGAUAUUAACGCAAAAGGGUCCACAGAGAGCCCCACACAUCUAUCAUGCUCUCAUUGAAGCCGGCUUUGAAGACCAACUGGAAUUUCUAUGCGAAGAGCGCCGAAUACAGGACUGUGAUCCAGCUCUCGCUAAAAUCAAACUUUUUCUCAAGAAGCGAAACCGGCACCUAUCCACUGAACACAAAGAACUCCUCGAUUACGCAAGACGUGUUUCAUACUGUAGCCGAACGGGGAGACUAUCUGCAUUCCGUGCUCACCGCUUUCACGAAUUUCUCGGAUUUCCUGAUUUGCAAACAGAUCUCAUAUACAUAUUGGACUUUUUGGCCCGAGAAAUAGUGAUGGAGGUCACCUAUCGCGCUGCACAAGCACGUCAACUGGAGCUUGAGAAACACCGUACAAGACCUAGUUUUAUGGAACAACCUAUUUCCAAGGGAAAAAUUGCUGUAGAAAACCUAGAACUAUGCUAUUACGAGGAAGCUUUGCGUAGUUCAACUGGAUGGCGAAGAAAUCAAGACAUCCUCUUUGGGGAAGAGGAAGAACGCGUAACUUUAUCCUAUGGUAAAAAUCCAUGGAAAUGGGAAAGUGAUCACGAAUACAACAAAAGAGAACUGGCCGAGCGGCUUGAAUAUGAAGAGAAAGGACCUUGGCCAAGCCGAUUCGCCUACGUGUCUUCUGCUGAACUGUUCGAAGAACACAAGAAAGUGCUACGAGGUGAAUACUGGGACAGCUGCCCUGAAGACCUUACGAAGGAGGCAUUUGUCGUUGCAAAUGCUUAUGCUGUUGCGCGUCAGUCACAGAUGAACCUACCGGAGCCUCAAGUUCCUAUUAAAUGGCAACAACAGAAUCUAGAAAGUAACAAGAAGGAACACGAACGCCUUAAGAAACUUUUGGAGACGAAUCGUCAAAGUGAAUUGGAAAAACGAUUGACGGAGCAGUUAGUGAAAAUGAUGGCCGAAAAUAACAUCGACGAUACGGCAUCAGCCGUAGAAACUGAUGGACAUACUAAUUUGGAAAAAAUGACAAAGCUUAUUAGCGCUGUGGUACAGAAACAUCAAAGCAUCACUAACGCCUAA